CAAUCUUUGAACAAAAAUCUACUUGCAUUCAAAUCUUCUCUGGACAUGAAAUCUACUUGCAUUGAAGUUUUAUUUGUUGUGCUCUAGUUCAUUGAAGUGUUAUUAUAGAUGUGCUCUCGUCUAUUGUAUUAUUAGUAAAGGUGUGUUAUAUCAUUAUAGUGCGCUUUUUUUUCUCAAGCUAUUACUAGUGUGCACAAGUUACAACCACGUUAUUAUUGAGUAUUCAAAUAAGUGUUUUACGACAUCAUUUAUUGUUCUUUAAUCUUGGAACUUGAACAAUUGAAUUGUUAGAUUCAAGAUUUGGUUGUGUUUCUACUGGAAUGGUGCUUACCACUAACAAUAUUAGCAAAAAUCUGGUGUAAAUUUCUGCCUUUGGUGUAUAACAAUAGCGGUAGACAUGUUUGCUGUCAAUUCAAGAAAAUGCACUGUGUUCCUGUUGAUCAAUCUCUCCUGUUCUGUCCUCACCUCUGUCUGCCCGUAUGGCUGGCGGGAUUACCCAGGUAGCCCAUCUUGUUACCUAAUCACAGACUACCAGGUGAGAUACACAUUCUCGGAGGCGUUGGACAGAUGUCAAGGAUUUGAAUCGAGUCUCAUUAUGUUUGACUCGCAGGCUGAGCUGGACUGGCUGACUAAAGAACUAAAGCAAAUUGGUUGGCUUCCCCCAAAAAUGGGCUGGUGGAUUGGAAUGGUAAAUUCAGACAAAGGGGUAAAAUACGUCAACGGAUCAGAGACAAAUAUUCAGCUUCCGUGGGAAGGCGGGACACAACCAACACCAUCAUUGAACCAGCUGUGUGCCUAUCUUGUCAAUGACACCAUACAGUUCAAUACGUGUAACUCGUGGUUGGGCUUUGUCUGCCAGAGGUCAAAAGAUCUGCCUUUCUCUUGUGACAUCGAAGACCAAUGGAUGGCUAUAAAUGGAUCCUGCAUUAAAUAUUUUUAUACCAGUCAAUCCUGGUUUGCAGCACAAGAUACGUGCCUCCGUCAUGAUGGGGUUUUGGCUAAACCCACAACCCUACAACAAAUGGCCUACAUCUGGGACCAAGCCAAACUUAGCUCCAAGAUGUCUUGGAUAGGUUUAAAGUCGAACCACUUAACUAACAAGUAUGAAUGGACAGAUGGUUCCCCGCUUGACUCAUCCAUGCAAUGGUGGAGUGAUAAGCAACCAUUAAACAUAAGUUCUACGGAUACGUGUGGCUACAUCAAUGGAACCAGUAGACGACUGGGAUCGUGGGGCACAGAAAACUGCUCUACAUCAUACACAUUUACUUGCAUGAAACCUUCAGGCCAGUGUGCUGACGGAUGGUUACCUCAUAUGGGCUCUUGUGUCAAAUUCUACACGACACUUAACUUGCCGUGGCUACCAGCAAGAAGUUUCUGUUUCUCGAUGGGUGCUGAAUUGCUUAAAAUAUCUUCUGAAUCUUAUCAAAGUUUUAUCAACUCCUACCUGUAUGAACUUAAAGUAGCAUCAAUACAUCAAAUGUGGAUUGGGCUUUCAGAUGCAAGUGAUGAUAAAACCUAUAUGUGGUCGGAUGGCUCAGCUAUUGGUAACUUUUCUAAUUGGGCCGAAGCUUCCCCCAGCAACAGAGUCGGGAAACUUGACGCUGCCUUCAUUGAUACAGGUGACACAUCUGGAAAAUGGCAAAUCGGUGACCCCUCAACACGAAUGUCCUUUGGAUGCAUGAUCUCCAAUACCAAAGCUUUAAAGCAAAUUAUUACUGACAACCCGAGUUAUCAAUGCGAGCCUAUGUGGGAGGUUGCAGGCGACACUUGUAUUUAUAUAAGUGACCUUGACACAAAUUGGACGCAAGCACAGAUCCAUUGCAUCAACAUGCAGGCUCAACUCGUGGUUCUCAACUCUCGAGAGGCCCAGAUUUAUCUUGACAACAGGAUAAAGACAGGCAAUUAUUGGAUCGGUUUAGAGGACAGAAAUUCUGACGGAAAGUUUACUUGGCUUAAUGGAACAAAGUUGAAUGCAUCGUCGUGGGAUGUAAGUCAACCCAGCAACAAGUCAGGAGAUGAUUGUGUGUUGGUGCGGCCAGUGGUACUGGGUACAUUAUGGUCUCAAGUGGGGGCCAAGUGGUCAGCCGUUAACUGUCAAGACAAAGCCAGCUUCAUAUGCCAGAAAGCACCAAGUACGGCACCAGCAACUGGAUUAGGGACGACACAAGUACCAUACAGUGUGAAGUGUGGACAAAUGUGGGAAGAACGACCAGGAACAGACUUUUGCUACCAGUUUCGUGAGGUCACACUCAACUGGUUCGAUGCUUUAGAGGUGUGCAAGUAUCACAAUGGGAGUCUGGCCAGCGUCGUGUCACAAGAAGAACAGGCCUACCUUGAAGGCAGGAUUGGUAAACGAGACGUUGUAGCGUUUUGGAUUGGCGCCACAGACAAGAACCAGGAAGCUGGGUGGUCAUGGGAAGAUUCAGCACCAUUCAGUUUCAUAAAUUGGGACAAAGGAGAACCCAAUGAUUUUCAAGGUGAAGAUUGUGUUGGUAUUAAAACUUCUAAUAUGAAAUGGAAUGAUUUCUCCUGCACAUUGAAGAAUGCAUUUAUUUGUAAAAAACAAGUGAACACAGCAACAAGAACAAGCGUGCAGACAACUACACCGACUCUAGCAGCAGGGACAUAUUACGGUUGUGCCCAUGGAUGGUUAGGAUACAACAACAACUGUUACCUAUUGAAGUGGUCCAGCAGCACUUGGAUGGAUGCUCAGCUUUCCUGCAGACAAGAGAAUGCUGAGCUAGCAAGUAUUGCUUCACUAUCCGAAAACUCAUUUCUUUGGAGUCGGCUUCCAAAAGAGGAAUGCCGAAAUCAACAUCCCAAUAGCAGCGAGUGCGAUGUGUGGGCUAACCAAGGGGAAUGUCAAAGUAACUACGCUUGGAUGAGUGUACAUUGUACGAUGUCGUGUGACUUGUGCGACAAUAUAUGUGCAGACAAGUACACCAGCUUCCAGUGUCAAUACUGGUCUAGGAUAGGAGAGUGCAGCAAAAAUCCCAACUGGAUGUUGCCCAACUGUGCAUUAUCAUGCGGCUGUGACAAAUCAAUGAAUAAAGGAUUUUGGAUUGGUUUAAACGACCGACAGAGACCAUUGAGUUUUGAGUGGACAGAUCUUGCUGGGGUUGUUUAUACCAACUGGUAUUUUAAUGAACCAAACAAUUUUUAUGGGAAACUUGAGGACUGUGUUAUGAUUCAUUCAUCAAAUGGUAAAUGGAGUGAUGAAUUAUGUGAUGUAGAGGCAACGGGAUUCGUUUGCAAGAGACCAAUGGUAGUAUCAGAUCUAGUAACACUUUCUCCUGAUCAAAUUGGCUGUCCACUGGGAGGCUUUGGUUAUGGAGCGUCUUGUUAUGAGUUGAUCAACGAUCAAAAGACAUGGUCAGAAGCUUUGUCUUUUUGCCAGUCCAGCAAUGGAACUUUAGCCACAGUCCAAAACAGCAUUACAGGUGCUUUUAUCACUUCUGAACUGGUCGGAAAAUUGAGCUCCCACUGGAUUGGCCUGUUAAAUCUCAAUGGUAAAUACACCUGGGCCAAUGGAGCAGCUUUAGAGUACACCGAUUGGGCGCCAACUCACACAGGCAAUGAAAACAACACUUGUGUCGCUGUUAGGCCGCAAAGACCGAUAGGAUUAUGGGAGGACCUUGAAUGCCAGCUCAAACAGCCAUUUAUAUGUGAGGUUCAUCGUAAAGGAUUUAUCCCUCAAACAAGACAGCAGACGACAGAACUACCUACACAGUCACACACACAGCAGACGACAGAACUACCUCCACAGUCACACACACAGCAGACCACACAGCUAAAUUGUCCAUUACCUUGGAAAGGUAAAGGAGACUAUUGUUUUCAGAUGUUUUAUGAUUUAAAAACAUGGAUGGAAGCUCAGUCGCACUGUGAAGUGUUUGGUGGCAGUUUGCCUAGUCUACAUGAUGAUGGCACGCUUACAUUUCUUACAAACACAGUCAUGAACAGGUUUUCAGUGAACAGCGGUUUUUGGAUUGGAUUGUCAGACCGAACAAAAGAGUCAAGUUUUGAAUGGAUUGAUGGAUCCCCAUUUGAUUUCAGCAAAUGGGAUAACGGUGAACCUAAUGGAUUUACGUCUUCAGAGGAUUGUGUAGAGGUAAAUAGUGUGACCCGAAAAUGGAAUGACAACAAUUGUUUUACAUCUAAACCGUUUGUUUGUUCUAUUAGAAGUGGUGUGCCUUUGCCCAGCGCGCCUCCCACCCAACCUACCACCCCAGCGAGAUGUGUAGACCUAUCAUGGAGUUUCUACAAUGGAUCCUGCUAUUAUAUCAGCCCAGUGUAUGGACCUGAGUCUCGGCUAUCUUGGUUCAGCGCUCGCAGGAAGUGCCACUCGUUAGGGGCUGACCUGGUCAGCAUUGUCUCGCAGGAUGAAAAUGACUUUUUAACUACGUUGAUAAGUAAGGUCCAAUCAACACAGUUCUGGAUUGGUUUGAACCAACUUGAGCAGGAUGCUUAUGUAUGGUCCGAUGCAAGCCCAGCAGUAUUUGUUUCCUGGGCCAAAAACGAGCCAAACGAUGCGUUUGGUGGUGAAAGGUGUGUGGACAUCAGCGGGUACCAUGGGAACUGGAUUGACGACAACUGCAUGAAUGAGUAUAACUACAUCUGUAAAAAAUUGAAUGACACCUCUCAUGUUGUGAUCACCCCUACACCAGCACCAGUUGACACCGGGGCUUGUCCAGACCAAUUCACCAGCAUUGGUACCAGCAAUAAAUGUUUUUACAUUGGUGGUUUGGGCAAUGAGAGCGGUAAGGAUCCUAAACUAUCCUGGUCAGAUGCAAGGGGCGCCUGUAGAAACAUCAGCUGGUUGUACAGAGUAGAUAUUGCGAGCAUCAGCAAUCAGUUAGACCAAGAUUAUGCGUCAGUGCUUAUGUCCCAUCAGACGUCAGAUAUGUGGAUCGGGCUGCAGGACUUGGCCAAGAUGAACACCUAUACAUGGCAAGACAACUCUGAACCAACGUUCAUCAACUGGGCCUCUGGAGAACCUGGCUAUCACUACAGCAACUGGGGGGCAGAAAAUUGUGUCCAUAUGGUUAGAAGCCCUCUUAAAAUUGAAGACUUGGCUAAAUGGAAAAAUGACCAGUGUGACAAAAAAAAGGCUUUUCUAUGUCAGACUACAAAAGCAUCAAGUCAAACAUCGACAACAACCCCACAAGAAUCUAACAAUUGUCCGAAAGAUUUUGAAGAGCACAUGAAUGCUUGCUUCUCAUUUGUGAACAUACCCACAUCUUGGGACGAUGCGAGAAAACAAUGCCACGCAAUGGCUGCAGACCUGGCUUCAACUUUAGAUAUAUUUGAAGUGGCCAUGUUAAACAUUAUACAAGACAAAAGAAAUGUUCAUCAGCAAGCCUGGAUUGGUUUAAAAUAUGAUCAGACCACAUCACAGUUCACGUGGAGUGACCAGUGGCCCGUGACCACCAGUUUCUGGGCACCAAGUAACCCAGACCUACAAAUCAACAAUAGCUGUGUUGCUUUGAGUAGCUCUAAAUGGAAUGACACGUAUUGUAAUGAGCUCCUCCCAUUUUUCUGUGAGACCAGACGAGAUCUUCCUCCGUCUCCAACACCUACACCAGCAGGGCACUGUGCUGAUCAAAAGCACAUUCACUUUGGUGACUUCUGCUAUUUAAUCCGUCUUGAGGAAUCCUUGUCUUGGCCCGAAGCAGCCUACACUUGCGGUCAAAUGGGCAUGCAACUGGUCAGCAUUCACUCAUCGGAUGAGCUGGAAUUCUUACGUCAGCAGAUCAACAUUUUAAAGGAAACAAAAACUGGUUGGGGCAGUUACUCCUUACAGAAGAAUCUCUGGAUUGGUUUAUCAAGAGAUUUAUCAGGCACCUACAGUUGGUCCGACCAGUCAGCCACCGAGUAUCUCAAUUGGGCCAGCGGAGAACCCUCUCUGAGAGUGAGCAGUCUAAGCCAGACAACAGAGGAGGAGUGUGUGGAGAUGUACCAAGAUUCUGGUCAGUGGAAUGACCUGGCCUGUGUUGGAAACAGAAUCGGUUACAUCUGUAAAACAAAACAAAUCUUACCUACAACUGUGCCAUCAACAACUUUAUCUACACCAUCUACACCAUCUACACUGCCUACAGCAAGCAAGAGUCCUACCCAGCCAGACAGCAUGACAACAAGAACCAGUGUAUCGUGGAAGAACUUUUACCUUCCCGCAGUUCAACAUCACCCAGAUGUUUCAAACAGGCUUACUGGUGGACAGAUUGCAGGGAUUGUAAUAGGAAUUAUGGGAUUCUGUGUUAUCAUUGUAGCUGUCGCUGUUGUCGUUAGAAAAAAAACCCUUCCCACAAGAUGUCUACGAAAUUUGAUUGGACAAGGCUCAGGAUAUGAAAACGCUCUCUACAAAUGUGGGGAGGAGCGGAAAGACAAUAUCCAGCUGGGUCUGUCUACUGAGUCUUGAGUCGCUGUGCUAUGUAAAAUCACUCAAAGACUUGACUUAAGUUUUAAUUAUUGUGUGUGAUACCUGACUUUUAGUGAAUGUUGAUUCAUGAAACAAACAAAAAAAAAACAUUCGCAGAGACAGAUGAUUGAAAAUUAUAUUUGUAUUAUUUAUAAUAGAAUUUUAAGAUUUUCAAGCACACUUGUGCAUUAGAUGGAUUCUAUUUUCUAUUUGAUUUCUAAACCAAAACGUUAUCGCUCAUUUUUACAUUCUCGUAUAUACGAAGUAUAGAGAAAGUCUUGUAAUCGCGCAAAAAAAAAAAUCGAGAUUUUUUGCAAAUCUCGACGUUUUACACCUCACUAAUACGGAAAACAUAGUUUUGUAAGCUUGUCCGUAUGUCUGUGUGUGUGUGUCUGUCUGUGUGUUUAUAAACACGAUAACUUUAGUACCGUUACAGCUAGGUUGAUAAGAUUUCAUAUAUAAGUAUUUUAUCAAAAUCGUAGAUCUGUGUCAACAUUUGAGCGAUUUCCGAUAACCGGAAGUGAUAAUUUUUCAAAAGCCUAUAACUUGAGCACUAUUUCAGAUAGAUAAAUGAAAUUUAACAUGUAAGUAACAGAUCUUUUUCUUCUUCGUUCUUAAUUUUUAGUGUUUGAAGGGAUCGAGCCUUAUCUGCCAGAGGGUUUGAACUUGAGACUUUUUCAAAUUUAUCAACCAUGAGAUUUUGCCGACUCGACCACGCCUCCAUCACAAUUAAGGAUACGUGUCAACUGGUUAUGCGCCAUUGAGGCCAUUGACUCCGAUUUCAGCCUGCUUUUCUUUUUGGAUUUACUUCCAUAGCCUUUGUCCAACCAAGAACAAACUACAAGGCAGCAGUUGUUAGAUUUUGGAGUUGUCUCUCCUAGAAGAGUGGUUGUCCCCAGCUAACGAGCCUCGAGACUCUCGGGUUAGCAUUCAAGAGGUUUACCGUCUCGACCACGCCGACCCCGUAAAAGAUCUAAUUCUCUACCUUCUGUCUCUACUUCUUUCGAGUAAUUUCCGUUGACCGGAAGAAGUAAUUAACGCCAUUUCCGAUUUCUAAAAAAAAAAUGGAUUAAAAAUCAUAACUAUAUCCCAAGCUCCCAUCCCCGGUUGUUUCAUAUAAGAAUAUUCAAGAAAGUUUAGGGGAGAUCACUCCCGGUUUAUUAAAUUUCAUUCUGUUUCUUUAUCAUUUUAUUGUAUCAUGUUCUUUAAAAAUAGGUUGACUAUCAUUACAUAAAAGCUUUCAAACUGUUUGUAAGCAAAGAUAUAUAUUAAAAGUAUAUCGUUUUCGAC